UUUGUCAUAGAACGCGCCAAAUCAGUUUCCUUUGGGCUAAAUUCAUAAACACGCGUCUUUCACCAUAUUUUCUUUUCCUUUACAUUACAUUUGUGUUGGAUUAUGGCUUCAAUGAGCAGCAAAGCAUCGCAACAGCCAAGGAACUUACCAUGGGUUGAAAAGUACAGACCACAGUCCCUGGAUGACUUGAUUUCACACAAAGAUAUUCUAAGCACUAUUCAGAGGUUCAUAAGUGAGGACAGACUUCCACACCUUUUGUUCUAUGGGCCUCCAGGAACAGGCAAAACAUCCACCAUCCUGGCCUGUGCCAAGCAACUGUACAAGGAGAAGGAGUUCAAUUCCAUGGUGUUAGAGCUCAACGCAUCUGAUGAUAGAGGUAUUGAUGUAGUACGAGGACCCAUUCUCAGUUUUGCCAGCACACGGACCAUUUUUAAAAAAGGUUUCAAGCUGGUUAUACUGGAUGAGGCUGAUGCCAUGACCCAAGAUGCCCAGAAUGCUUUGCGGCGAGUUAUUGAAAAGUUCACGGAGAAUACGCGGUUUUGUUUAAUCUGCAACUAUCUGUCCAAAAUCAUCCCGGCUCUUCAGUCACGAUGCACCAGGUUUCGCUUUGGCCCUCUGGUUCCUGAGCAGAUGAUCCCACGACUGGAACACGUCAUCAAAGAAGAAAAUAUUGACAUAACUCCAGAUGGAAUGAAGGCUAUUGUGACAUUAUCAUCAGGGGAUAUGAGAAGAUCCCUGAACAUACUGCAAAGCACCAGUAUGGCAUAUGGGAAGGUCACAGAGGACACAGUCUACACAUGCACAGGUCACCCUCUUCGCUCUGAUAUUGCCAACAUCCUGGAUUGGUCGCUCAACCAGAAUUUUACCACAGCUUACAAUCAAAUUCUUGAGCUGAAAACACUGAAAGGUUUGGCACUGCAUGAUAUUCUCACUGAAGUCCACAUGCUCAUACACAGAGGUAAGAGGCGAAGUGUAUUUAAUUUUGUGACUUAUUUGUUUGAAAGAGAAAUAAAUCUAUAUAUUUGUUUAUUUUUAGUUGACUUCCCACCUUCCAUUCGGAUGGGCCUGCUCAUUAAGUUGGCUGACAUUGAACACAGGUUGGCCUCAGGAACCAAUGAGAAGAUUCAACUAAGCUCCAUGGUUGCAGCUUUCCAGGCAGUACGGGACCUAGUGACCAGUGAGGCUGCUUAGAGGUGGGAUGGACAGUUGUUUGAUUUACAUCAAAAAAACAUGGAUUAGAGCAGCAUUCAACAUCACACAAGGAAAAAAAAAAAGCCUAAAAAAAACUAAUGUCACCAAUGUUCUUCAGUAUUUGUGAAAUGCAUUCUUCUUCUUUUAAUAAAACAUUAAUUUUGCA